AUGUCGGCUGCUUCGCUGGAGCCACCGACCUACCUCAGCUCCCUCCAAAACAACAUCCGAGCUCGCCCUAUCCCGUGGGAGGGAGCUGUUCGAGCUGGAAACAUCACAGACGAUCACUUGAAGAAGAUUAAGGCUGUAGACAAGGUCCGCAAGGAACAACGGCGUCAGACAAUCGAUGGGGAUAUCCCGGGAUACGUGACCUUGCUGGCGGGAGGUUCAAGCGGGAAGAGUGUCCUCGAAUCGGCCGCAAGGAGAAGCGAUAUUGUACAGUAUAUUCUUGUCCUGGCAGCAGAUCUUAUAAACGAUGCUCCAUCCCUAUCGUCCGCCCUGAUAGCUCAUCCCCAACCAUACAAACCAUUCCUUCCUCUGCUGCGCCAUUCCACUAAUGCCGAAGACCCUAUUCCGCUGCUCACCUCUAACUUCUUGACCAACCUGGUUUCGACAAGCAUUACCUCUUCUUCAAAGUCGACCCCGCAGGAUGAGGAAGCUCUUCCGCAACUUUACCACUAUCUGUCUACCCUAACCCAGAACCAGGACAGCGGGCUUCAGGAUAUUGGAGUACAGGGGCUAUCGACGUUGCUGCGCACAUCUCGGGCUCGGCAGCUAUUCUGGGCGCAGCGGAAGGAGACAGUGGAUCCUUUGGUUGAGAUCCUACGUGCCGCUGCAGGGAGCAAAGACAGCGGUUCCAGCACCACCCUUGCCGGCAGUUCUAGAGGCGUUGACGUCGGCAUUGCAGGUGGCGUCGGCCUGCAACUCCUAUACCGAGUGCUUUUGGUCCUUUGGCAAUUGAGUUUUGAGGGCGAGCUCAUUGGAGAUGAGCUGCAAGAGGACCAUGAGAUACUCCAACUGUACUCACAUCUCCUACGGCUGUCUCCGAAAGAAAAGACCACGCGUCUCCUUCUUGCAACUCUCCGGAAUCUCCUUUCUUUCAACCGCACUACCCUCUUGCCUGUCGCUGUAUUCGUGCGCCUACCUGCUCUUCUCUCAACCAUCUCGGGUCGGCACCUGACAGACCCGGACCUCCUGGAGGACCUCAAAUACUUGUCGGAAAUGCUCGAUGAAUACACAAAGACACAAACCACUUUUGAUCAGUACGCCGCAGAGCUUCAAUCCGGCCAUCUACGGUGGUCCCCGCCUCAUAGGAAUCCCACAUUCUGGAAGGAGAAUGCCCGCCGAAUCCUGGAUGAGAACAGCGGAGCGCUUCCUAAGAAGCUCAAGGAGAUAAUCUCUAAGAGCUGGGAAAACGACAAGCAGGUCCUUGCCAUUGCUUGCAACGAUGUGGGACAUUUGGUUAAGGAACUACCCGAAAGGCGGGGGCAGCUGGAGAAACUAGGUUUCAAGACACGGGUGAUGGAACUGAUGGCCGACAAAGAUGAGUCGGUGCGAUGGGAGAGCUUGCGGGCGGUGGGGGAGUGGCUCCGUUAUACCUUUGAUGAUUGAAUUGUACAUCCUCUUCCUGUCGCAUGUCGGAUAGGAAGUAAACCACCACUGCUUUCCCUUUUUCUUCUUACAACUUGUAAACAUUCGAAGCGUGUCGCCUCUUCAGUGUACGGAGGAUUUACGUGUGUAUAGCUUCAUAGAGCUUCAAGCAAUUGAAACCUCGACUU